AGGUUAGUUGUUGUCAUCUUCUGCUAUCGUCUUUUGCACUAAACAGUAGCUCCAGUUCUCUUCUAGACCCUUCUUUUCUUUGCCUUCCCGUUCCAUCUCUGUAAUGGAUACCGAUCUCGAAAGGAAAGCCAAAGAGGCCUUCAUCGACGACCAUUUCCAGCUUGCAGUUGAACUCUACUCCAAAGCCAUCGAUGUUAGCCCUAACAACGCUGAAUUGUAUGCUGACCGUGCUCAGGCCAACAUCAAACUCGAAAGUUUUACUGAGGCUGUGGCGGAUGCGAACAAAGCGAUUGAGUUGGACUCUUCAAUGGCCAAAGCCUACUUGCGUAAGGCCAUUGCAUGCAUGAAGCUUGAGGAAUAUCAGACGGCUAAGUCAGCAUUGGAAACUGGUUCUGCUCUGGCGCCAGGAGAAUCAAGAUUCACCAAAUUAAUAAAAGAAUGCAUUGAUUGCAUAGCGGAGGAAUGUGGUGAUUUGCAAAAGGAUGUAUUGGAAAAGACUCCAUCGGAUGAAUCUACAAAGGGUGCUCAGCCAGAGAUAGACCUUUCCAACCAGGAGCCAAUGAUACCAGCAGCCAAACCAAAAUUCAGGCAUGAAUAUUACCAGAAGCCAGAGGAAGUGGUUGUGACCAUAUUUGCUAAGGGGACUAAAAAUGUUUCUGUUGACUUUGGUGAACAGAUACUAAGUGUUAGCAUUGAUGUUCCUGGUGAAGAGCCGUAUCAUUUUCAACCUCGCUUAUUUGGAAAGAUAAUACCUGCCAAGUGCAGAUAUGAUGUCUUGUCUACCAAAGUGGAAAUCCGUCUCGCAAAAGCUGAAACAAUACACUGGACAACUCUAGAAUUCACCAAGGAAAAUACAGUUUUGCGAAGGGUUAAUGUAUCAUCUGUUAGUGGAGCUCAACGACCUACUUACCCAUCCUCAAAACCUACAAAAGAUUGGGAUAAGCUUGAAGCUCAAGUGAAGAAGGAGGAAAAGGAUGAGAAGCUAGAUGGUGAUGCAGCAUUAAACAAGUUUUUCAGGGGCAUUUAUGCCGACGCUGAUGAGGACACAAGAAGAGCCAUGAAAAAAUCUUUCGUGGAGUCAAAUGGGACAGUGCUCUCCACAAACUGGAAAGAAGUUGGUUCCAAGAAGGUAGAAGGAAGUCCUCCAGAUGGUAUGGAAAUGAAGCAAUGGGAGUACUAAACUCUCUAAUCGAACAUAACUGUAAUUUAGAGUUUGAUUUUUUGUCUGUUGAAAUUUGUGAUGGCUUGUUGAGAGACUCCAUUUUAUUAUCUGUUGCUGGUUGUGUUCCAAUGUCUAGAUUUAAUCAUCAUGUACAUUUUCGUUGUUUGCUUUUAUAUUUUAGAGGUUUGGUGUUGAUGUUGAAACUUGAAAUGAAUUUUAAUCUCGUCACUUGUUUGUUGA